AAAGUGUUUCCGGAUAUUAACAACAAAUCAUUCGAAUUGGAAUUGUACCUAGUGGUAAAUGAAAGAUAUUAUGAAUUCCAUUUUGCAGAUCUUUGGGAAAUAGGGAAUGAAAAUAAAUGUUUUCGGAGAAAUUCCAUCGAAGAGAACCCCUCAGCUGAGUGCAAAAUCAUCAGGAGCACAUAGGUUAAGGAAGAGCAGCUUCUCAGAUAACCACAUGACAGGAUGACGAGCCACAGCCUAUCCAAAGAUGUCAUGUCCGACUCUACAUCCAGGCACAGCGGCAUCAAAAGCCACGGUGGCUCCCGCCCCUCCAUGGCCUCCGAGAAGAGCGAUAGGAGACUUGGGGAUUCCUCCAUGUCCACAACGAGGAGGGAAUCCAAGAAGCUGUCCAGAUUAUCCGAAACCGUCACUGUGAUUUCAGACUGCGGCAGGGCUCCAGACACCUGCGUGUUGUGCGGCUACGGCAUUCCCUACACCAAGUGCCUCUGCUGCGAUAACGAAGGCCACAACAGGUGCAUUGAGGCGUUUUACUGCACCACCGGCAGAAGGGUGAACCUGGACAUUUGGCGUUGUCCGAAAUGCGUCACCUUGAGCAACAUGAAGAAGGAAAAUAAGGAGGAGAAGGCGCAGGAAGAAUCAAGAGCUAGUCAAGUAGACAUGUUGUUAGAUAUACCAGAAGAGCAUACCGAUUGUCCAUUCUGUAAAAUCGAUAUGGACCUCAAAACCUGCGAAUGUAGAUCGUGUGUUAGUUGCCUCAAAAAGGUUCCACGAUCCGAGCAAGAGGGGAAACCUCAGAUGGUGAGGUACAACAAAUGUCUUCAGUACAGAGAUUUUAGCACGAAAAUCGAAUACAAGUACCUUCAGGAUGAUGAUGAUAAACUGGUGGAGGAGGGGGUGGAUGAGGAGGAGGAGGAAGAGGUAGACAGCAUCUGGGUAAGGAUUUGCUGGUCCGUCACGUGGUGUCUCCUUCUUAUCACCUUCGCUUUUCCGAUAGCUAUAAUCAGUGCCCACAUCUUCAUAAUCACUUACUGUUUCGAGGCGUGUUGUGAGUGUUGUCAUCCUGUAUGCUGCUUUUUUCUGGCAGGGAUCAAACUUCCUGGUACAUGCUGCAGAGGUAUUUGUAGUGGUGAUCCUAUGUGCUCGUCAAACGACAACGCCAAAUUGGAAAAAUGUUGA